AUGGCAUUGCAGGUCGAGCCAUGGCACAUUGUGGCCUUCACCAUUGGAGGCCUGGCUUUUGUGAUGGGCGUGGCUCUGAUUGUGGUGUACUGCUGCUGCAACUCACGCAGACGACGGCAAAAGUCGCCCGGCAGCCCGCCCAGCCACCGCCUCCUGACAAAGGACCACGUGGUCAACGACAUGGCGGAAACCCCAGCCAUGUUCCAGGAAGGCAAGCAGAAGAGCAACCCGCUCUUCUCCCGCCACUCGUCCAUCAUGUCGUCAGACUCCAACGCCUCCAUUGGCGGGCUCUCCCAGUCCAACGCGAGCAUGGAAGCGUCCAGGGACCACGUUACCGACCAGGAGGUGCUGCUGCCCGUGCCCGAGGCGUCUUCCUCGGAGUCCACCAGCGCCACCACGGGCACACAGGACACCGCACACGACGCGGGCGAGGAGCUCGAGGUCACCACGGGGUUUGCUGCCGUCUUAUCCCCAGCAGAGCGGCAGCAGCAACAACAACAGGAACAGCAGGGAGGACGCCAUGCUGGGGCGGCUGAGGCGACAGCCAACUCGUCCGUGCCGACAGCCACUACAGCGACAACGACGGCAGAUGAGGGUGCGUCACGCACAUCCCACUUGUCACAGCCAUCACCAUCACGCCCCCUGCAGUCUCCAGACAGGCCCCAGUCCCCUCCCAUUCACAUCGUCACGUCGCCUGGUGGUGGGCAGCAUCAGCAGCAGCAACAACAGACGAGGGCAACAGAGUCACACGCACACGACAGCAGCAACGGCGCAAGCGGCAGCGAUGGUGCGAGCGACCAGCCACCAGCACAACCUUCCGAGAAUGACCGCGCCGCCAAGCUGCGAGCCAUGCGAGAGGCACGUGCCAGGAGGAAGAAGGACGAGUGGGCAACGCUGGAGGAAUCCCUCGCCAUCAUCGACAGAAUAUACAAGGACGUCAUCGUGUCUGAUGUCUAG